AUGGCAACUAUUGAUUACGAUAGCUUUGCAAUAUAUCCAGCUCUUAACGUUGCGCGCGUUGGCAAUGCAACUGAAGAGGAUGGUGUCAAUUAUUAUUAUGUUGGUUCCGAACUUCCUGGAGUGUAUGUAGGAAGUAAUUUUAAACUGAUCGACGAGGGUUAUCCUAGCUUCAGCUUUAAAAUUAAUGGUAAGAUAAAACCGCAGGCCGCAAGGUUUAGGAUCUAUGGUUUCAAAAAUGAUGAGAAUAAGGGCGAGAUCAGGCCUGGAAAUGGUGUGGAAAUUACAUGGACUGUAAAGCUUGCCAAUAAGAAGGCAGCACACAUGGGAUUCUUCGGUAUCAAGAAUCAGGAUCAAAAAGGUCCUAUACGAAAUGCCGAUUGGCCUUAUAAGAGACCUACAUUAAUGGCCGUCAGAGAGGAAAGCUUAACAUCUGGAUUAAACUCAUCAGCUGUAGAAUUAAAGGCGCAAGUUUAUCGCAAUGAUAAGGAUGAAGGCUGA